AAACUACCAAGUCUAACAGUUACGAUGAGUGUUACAAUUUUAGAAGGUGUCGCUUCAAAUACAGUCCAUAUACAGUCAUCUGAAUAUCGAGCGAGCUGCUGCGUUCGAUAACAUCCACAGCCAUUGAGACCAAAGAAAUAGAGAACAGGAGAGAGAAAGAGCUGAAUUAGACAUCUCGCGGUAAUGAAGAGAGCAAUCUGAACGGAAAAUCGUAUUCUUAUCUGUUUGAAAAUGACUGAAAUGAUUGAUUCGAUAAGCCAUGGAACAAUUUUUGAUAUUCAUUGUGUGUGUAUGAAAAGUCAAAAUAGUUGAGUUUCAUUCUUAUUUCAAAUCCUACCAUUUCUGAGAUAUCGGCCGAUAUAUUUCAACAAUAUGAACGGAUCUUGUAUAAACAAUUUAAAUUAUACGUGUCUACUUUUCACGGAGUUAACCACUUUGGAGACAACAAACCAGUCGGACUAUUUACACAGAGACGAAACGUUGGCCCAGGUUGAGAUUGCGGUACAGGCGGUGAUUUUUGUCUUCGCCGUGUUUGGUAAUGCUACCGUUUUGGGAGUUUUGUUUCCCAGAAAACGAACACGAAUGCAUCUAUUCAUGAUGCACUUGAGUCUUGCAGAUUUAUUUGUGGCUUUUUGUAACGUGUUGCCUCAACUUAUUUGGGAUGUUACGUACGUUUUCAUCGGAAACGAUUUCCUGUGUCGACUGGUGAAAUACUUACAAAUCGUUGCUAUGUACGCAUCUUCUUACGUGAUGUUAAUGUCAGCAAUAGACAGGUACAUAGCUAUUUGUCAUCCAUUUUUCAGCCAUAAGAUUCGUUCCGGGAAAGUUCAUCUAAUGGUGUGUAUAGCUUGGGUUUUGUCCCUUGUUCUUCCUGUGCCCCAACUUUUGAUAUUUUCCUACAAAGUCCGCGAGGAUGGACAAUACGACUGUUGGGCAACCUUUAACCCGGAAUGGACACUCCCUCUCACUAUCACGUAUUACACCGUGACGGUAUUUUUUCUACCCAUCAUCAUAUUAACUUUUUGUUACGGCCGAAUUUGUUAUGUUGUCAUCAAAAGAAGCAGAAAAAAUGACCAGUUUAACCCAACCAGAAACCCGUCCCCGGUUCAUUCCUACCACGAGUGCGUCGAGGGGAGGGAAGCACAGGCAUUCUGCAAGAUAAACGUUAAGCUUGUCAAAAAUUGUCGUAAGAAUGGCAUUUCCCGGACAAAAAUUAAAACCGUUCGGUUAACAUUAGCGGUGGUGCUGUGUUACUUCAUAUGCUGGACGCCUUUCUUUCUUUUUCAAAUGUGGGGGGCUUAUGAUUCAUCGGCACCAUACACAAGUAAAGCAUUUGUCAUCAUCCUGUUAUUUGCCAGCUUGAACAGUUGUACGAACCCUUGGAUCUACCUCGCCUUCAGUGACGGCUUAAUGGACAGAAUCAGACACUGGAAGUUCAACCCGACGCCGACGUCACACUUCGUCAUGAGCGGGUUUCCUUUGCAGACGACGACAGAGGCCGCUGUUUAACUCUUAUUAGUAGCUCUAUUAUUUUGAAUCUUUCACCUUCAUGUUCAGAAAUGUGGAACUAAUGAAUAAAAGGGUUA